GUAUAGCAUCGUACCAGUGUGUGUUGUCCCCGGUAACCUGGAGCUCCAGAGGGCCUGACCUCAGUAACUGUACUUCCCCCUGGGUCAGUCAGAUAGCACAGAAGAUAAAGAGUGGGGAGAAUGCAGCUAACAUCGCUGGUGAAUUAGUAAACCUGACGAAGGGGCGGGUCUACGCCGGUGAUGUCAGCAUGUCAGUCAAACUUCUAGAGCAGCUAUUGGACAUCCUGGAUUCUCAGCUUCAGGCCCUACGACCAGCCAACAAGGAGUCUGCUGCACGCAACUACAACAAGUUGCAGAAGAGGGAACGCACCUGUAGAGCUUAUGUCCAGGCGGUGGUUCAGGUAGUUGAUAACCUGUUGGGCCCUGAAGCUCUAGUCUCCUGGGCUGAUAUGAGGACCCCUGACCAAUCACGCUCUGCCUCGCUGCUAUUGGACGCCAUGGAGAAAGGAGCCUUUCUAUUGGCUAACAACAUCUACGAGGGGCGGUUCAGCGACAGAGCGCCCAAUGUCGAUCUGGAGGUGUAUGUACUGAACACAGAGGCAGACCUACAGGACCUGACCUUCCCUCACUCCUAUGACAGUGACAGUGUUCUACAGCUCUCAACUUACCAGGCCAGGUGCCAGGUGAAGAUAGUUCUCUCUCUGUAUAAGAACCUUGGAUCCUUCCUGACCACUAACAACUCCUCGUUGAAGUUGGAGGCGGGGUUUGUGAGUGGCGGUGGCAGGAGCUUGGCGGUGAAUUCUCACGUGAUCUCGGCUUCUGUCAACAAAGGUUCCAACCGAGUAUUCCUCUCUGAACCGGUCGUCUUCACACUGCGACACCUACAGGCACGUAACCACUUCAGCCCCAACUGUUCGUUCUGGAACUCCACGGGGUCGGGGGGGUCGGCAUCGGGGUCAUCGGGGGGUCGUUGGUCGUCCCAGGGGUGUAAACGGAUACACACCAACAACACACACACCACCUGCGCCUGUAACCAUCUGUCAACCUACGCUGUCCUGAUGACCUACCACCAACCUGCUUCUGUAGAUGGUAUACAGGAGGUUCUGGUCUACGUUGUGUCCUGGGUAGGUAUAUCCGUAGCCCUGGUGUGCCUUGCAGCCUGCAGUACCUUACUGUGCUGCCAGGGGGCGCCACAGUCGGACCACAGCACCAUACACAGGAAUCUGUGGGGCAACCUCUUCAUCACCGAACUGAUCUUCCUCAUUGGGGUGGAUAAGACGCAGUACAGCGUAGCGUGUCCAGUCUUUGCCGGUCUGCUCCAUUUCUCCCUGCUCUCUGUGUUCUGUUGGUUAUGCCUGGAGGCAGUGGAACUCUACUUACUGCAGGGGGAGCUCUUUGAAGGACGGACCUCUAGGAGGAAGUAUUUCUAUCUCUGCGGCUACUUCCUGCCAGGGGUGGUCGUGGCCGUCUCCGCCGCCAUCGACUACAGGGGCUACGGCACCCGGACUGUGUGUUGGCUGCAGAUGGACAACUACUUCAUCUGGAGCUUCCUGGGUCCUGUAUCUGUCAUUAUAAUGCUGAACCUGGUUGUCUUGGUGAUGACUCUUCACAAGAUGGUGCACAGCUCCUCCGCCCUCAAACCCGACUCCAGUCGUCACGACAACCUCAGAGCGUGGACUGUGGGUUCACUCACCCUCCUCUUCCUCCUGGUGGUGACCUGGUCUCUGGGGCUUGUCUUCCUCUCAUCUCCCUCUCUCCUCCUCUCCUACCUCUUCUCCUCCCUUAACACGGCCCAGGCUCUGCUCAUCACAAUACUGUACUGUACACUCACUAGGAAGGGCCAUAAGGACUAUGGGAAGUGUGUGCGUCACUCUCAGUGCUGUGACUGUUCCUCCACCACCAGUUCACCUGGCUCUGUGAAGGGCGCCGCCCUACGGGCCAACAGCCGCUACUGCAGUACCAACCAGAGUCGCAUUAGGAGGAUGUGGAACGAUACAGUGCGUAGACAGACUGAGUCUUCCUUCAUAGCUGCUGAUGUCAACAACACACCUACACUCAACAGAGCUGGCCUGGGUAACCAUUUCCUGACUAACCCAGUGUUACAGACUCACCCUAGAGUCUCUCCUUAUGACAGCCUACUGGCUCAGGGCUACAGCCAGCCCUCCCCUGGCCUCUUCACCUCUACUGAAGGUGACGUCCUGUCUCAGAGCCAGGAGAUGGACAGUGUUUGUCUGAACGGCGGCUACAGCACCAACAGCUUCACCCUGCAGGGUCUGGGUGGGGGUGGUGGGGGGCCUCGGUCCGGGGUGGGUGGCAGCAUAGACCUCCUCAGGGAGGGAGGAGGAGGGGGGGAGGACGCCUCCCCCGCCCCCCUCACCCCCCACGCCGCCGUGGGGCUGGAGGUGGAGCCUCACGGAGGCGGAAUGCGGAGGAACCUAUCGGACGCGGCGGUCCUGGAGAACAUGAUCAUCUCAGAGCUGGUUCAGAGCAACUUGAGGCCGGCUGCAGCCGCCGCUACUGCAGCCGCGGAGCGCUACGGCAGCCUGGCACGCCCCCUGGACCGACUGACACGCCCACAGCCCUCCACCCACGAGAGUUGGACGGUAGCUCGCGUGUCGACGCACACACAUGACCAAGAGCCGACGCACGCGCACACGCGCCAGGACGUCUGGACACACACACCUCGUCCGCUGCAGGACGUGCCGACACACACACCUCGUCCGCUGCAGGACGUGCCGACACACACACCUCGUCCGCUGCAGGAUGUGCCGACACACACACCUCGUCCGCAGCAGGACGUGCCGACACACACACGCCAGGAGGAGAGCAUCAGGAGCCAACUGCAGCUCGGGGGCGGGACCCUCUCCCGUAGACUCCUCCUCCAGGACAGACAGACACGCCCCCAGGAGGCGUCGCUGCAGACGCAGACCACACGCCCACAUUCCACGUUGUCGCGGCAACAGCAGCAGGGCGGAGGCGGAACGCUGUCCCGUCACCGCAGCGAGGGUGUUGAGCCGGGUGGCGCGGGGGGUUCGGAGCGGGAGAGGGACCGUUACCGGGAUAGGCCGCUUCCUCCUCCCCCUCCUCCUCCCCCUCUGGAGACAGAACCCCUGUAUAAAGCCCUGGAGGAACCUCUUCUCUAUGACCCCAGGGAUGGAGGGGUGGAGGGCGACUCCCCCCAGCUCUACACCCGAAACUCGCCCCCGCCACCACGAUUCUACACCCGUGAAUCUCCGCCCCUACUCCUGUCGUCCUAUCCUGACAGCAGCCCCGAAGGUCAACCAGAGGUUAGCCCCACCCCUCGACCCCACCGACCCCCUCUGGAAGUCCCCUACAGCCUGGGACGACCCCCUCUGGGCCCCAGGCCUAAUCACAUGCAGACUUUCUACCAGCCCCCACCCCUCACACCCCUCACGGCUAAUGGGGAGUUGGUAUACACGGAGCCCGCCAACGAGGACGAUGAAGGACAGAUGCAACGGGUGACGAGCCUGUGA